CCACGUGGAGCUCCGAUUGGGGCCUUGCCGAAUCAAGCCUGCCCAGCGACCCCGACGCCAUGUCCGCUUCCGAGUGUUACAUCGCGGUGAAGCUGGCGGAUCAGCCCCUGGCUCCGAAAUCCAUCCUGCGGCUGCCGGAAACGGAACCGGGCGAAUGCCCCUUGGGCGGAUGCAGCAUCUCCUACCUGAAGCAGCUCAUCACCGGGAAACUCCAGGAAUCGGUCCCUGACCCGGAACUCAUUGAUCUGAUCUAUUGUGGCCGGAAGCUGCGGGACGACCAGACCCUAGAAUUCUAUGGGAUCCAGUCCGGCUCCACAGUCCACGUCCUCCGCAAGUCUUGGCCCGAACCGGAUCAGAAACCAGAGCCCGUGGAUAAAGUGGCGGCCGUACGAGAAUUCCGAGUUCUGCACACCGCCUUACACAGCAGCCCGGUCUUCCGGGAUUCGGUCUUCAAGAUGCUGGGGAAUAAGGAGUCCUUGGAUCAGAUCAUCGUUGCUACGCCCGGGCUGAACAGCGACCCCAUUGCUUUGGGGGUGUUGCAGGAUAAGGACCUUUUUUCUGUCUUUGCUGAUCCGGCCAUGUUGGACACGCUCAUCCCGACCCACCCCGCUCUGGUGAACGCCAUCGUCCUGGUUCUGCACUCGGUGGCGGGCAGCACCCCCUUGCCCACCCCGGAGACUUCCUCGCGGAGCAUGCCGUCCAGCUCUUACCGCGACAUGCCGGGUGGUUUCUUGUUUGAAGGCCUCUCUGAUGAUGAAGAUGACUUCCAUCAGAGUACCAGGACGACUCCUUCCAGCAGUACCUCUGGCUCCCGCCCCGCCUCCCUCGGCUACACUGGGGCAGCAGGACCCCGGCCCAUCACCCAGAGUGAGUUGGCGACAGCACUGGCGCUGGCCAGUACCCCCGAGAGCAGCUCGCACACUCCGACUCCAGGAACCCAGGGCCAUUCUUCGGGCACGUCGCCCAUGUCCUCCAGCGUCCAGUCGGGCACGCCCAUCACCAACGACCUCUUCAGCCAGGCCCUGCAGCACGCCCUCCAGGCCUCCGGCCAACCCAGCCUGCAGCAGAGCCAGUGGCAACCACAACUCCAGCAGCUGAGGGACAUGGGCAUCCACGACGACGAUCUCAGUCUCCGGGCCCUGCAGGCCACCGGCGGGGACAUCCAGGCCGCUCUGGAGCUCAUCUUUGCGGGAGGAGCCCCCUAACACGCUCUUGGCUUUUUUUCGAGGGGGGCCAGGCCACGGACACCGGGUGGUGGUUUUUAUUUCGCGGCGUCUUGAUCUGUGCGACCCGGCUCCGCCUUUGGAUUCUCGCUUGCCGUUGGAGCCCGUCAUCUCCCGUGCAUGAUCUUCCCCUUCUGCCUUUUUCUGGUCUGAACGGAGCCCGCGGCAGACUGCAAGAAACCGCCAAUGUUGAGCACUGACCCCCCAGAAUUACGUUUUUGCACGAGGGGACCUUGUGUGGCAGCUACAAUGGGCGGAAAGGUGACACGGACCCAGGUGCUGUAAGCUAGUACCCCGCAGUGCUCGUCGGUUCCGAGGAGUUCCUCUUUUGGCUGAGCCGGCAAACGUCUCCCUCCUCUGAACCCACCAUUCCCUUCCUGCCGUACUCCCAGUCUCCGUCUGGGCUUGCGUGACCGUACAAGGUUUCAUUAAAAGCUCUCCU